GAAUAGAUGAGAUUGUAACUUUGUGAUCUUGGUUGUGUUUUUUUUUGAAUGGCUGACGGGGCUAGCAGUUCAGAUGUGCAAUUAUCCGAAUCUCAGCGAAGACGAAUUGAGGUCAACAGGAAGCGUGCUCGGGAACUGCUCAAAGUUCGGGUUGUGAAACAAACGCAGCAGAAUGUAGAAGUAAUUGGCUGUAAAGUUGAAGCCAAAAAAUCUAAGCAGUCCACAAUUCUGUCUAUGCGAGAUAGUGGCGGUGGUUUCUUCAUAGAGGAGCGAGAGCAACUUGCUGAAAAUGGCGAGGCUGAAGCUCCAGAAAUCCCUAAUUACACUCCCUAUGAAACGCAUAUGACCUUGGGAUCCAAGGAAACUCCGUGCGUGCAAUGUCGGAAAGGGUUCCAUAUAUCACACCUUUUGGACAAAUUCUCUCAUCCUAUUUGUGACACUUGCUAUGAGGAGGACAAAGACAAGUUCCCUCUCAUAACUAAGACGGCGGCUAAGUCCAAGUAUGUCCUGAGAGACGGUGACUUCGAGAGAGAUGGUACUGCUCUCAAGUUCAUAGUGAGGACCAACCCCCACAACCCUAGAUGGGGUCAGAUGAAGCUGUUUUUGGAGUCGCAGGUGGAGAAACUAGCGAUCAAAGUGUGGGGAUCACUGGAAAACAUUGAAGCCGAGAUUGACAGGCGAGACGAGCGGACCGACGCAAGUCGGAAGAAACGUGUGGAAAAAGAAGUUAAACAAUUGCGCAGAACUGUCCGUUCUACCACGUGGACAAAAGAUCUUUCCGAACAAACACAUGUACACCAAUUUGGAGAUGAGGAGACGCACGUGAAAGCAGACAUGUAUAGCAGAACGUGUACAAGUUGCGGAUAUGUUUCAACUUUUGAAAAACUUUAAUUUUUUUAUGAAGUACUUAAUGUAUGAACUUUUUUCUCGUUUUUUUUUUCAGUUUUUUUUUCAGCUUUGGUCUUUACAUUUGUCAACACUAAUUUCUUGUCUUGGGCGGAUUGAGUUUUAAAGUCCCCUUUUCAGUUAUUUCCGCAA